AUGACUGACGUUGUUCUCGGGUCCCAAUGGGGUGACGAAGGUAAGGGAAAGUUAGUGGAUAUCCUCUGUGAAGACAUUGACGUCUGUGCCAGAUGCCAGGGUGGUAACAAUGCUGGCCACACCAUUGUGGUUGGCACCACCAAGUACGAUUUCCACAUGUUACCAUCGGGUUUGGUCAACCAGAACUGCCAGAACUUGAUCGGUUCCGGUGUGGUGGUGCACGUGCCGUCUUUCUUCGAGGAGUUGGAAAACUUGGAAAAGAAGGGCUUGGACUGCCGUGACAGAUUGUUCUUGUCUUCCAGAGCCCACUUGGUGUUUGACUUCCACCAGAGAACCGACAAGUUGAAGGAGGCCGAGCUUUCCGAGAACAAAAAGUCCAUUGGUACCACCGGUAAGGGUAUCGGUCCUACCUACUCCACUAAGGCAUCCAGAUCCGGGAUCAGAGUCCACCACUUGGUGUCUGAUGAGCCAGAAUCCUGGAACGAGUUCAAGACCAGAUUGACUAGAUUGUUGGAGACCAGACAGAAGAGAUAUGGUGACUUCCAGUACGACCUCGAGGCCGAGAUCACCAGAUAUGCCGCCUACCGCGAACAGUUGAAGCCGUUUGUCGUGGACUCUGUCGCCUUCAUGCACAAGGCGCUUAAGGAAAACAAGAAGAUUCUUGUGGAAGGCGCCAAUGCCUUGAUGUUGGACAUUGACUUUGGUACUUACCCAUACGUCACCUCCUCCUCUACCGGCAUCGGUGGUGUCUUGACCGGUUUAGGGAUUCCGCCAAAGUACAUCAACAACGUGUACGGUGUCGUUAAGGCCUACACCACCAGAGUCGGUGAAGGUCCGUUCCCUACCGAGCAGUUGAAUCAGGAUGGAGAAAAGUUGCAGACCAUUGGAGCCGAGUACGGUGUCACCACCGGUAGAAAGAGAAGAUGUGGUUGGUUGGAUCUUGUCGUACUUAAGUACUCCAACGCCAUCAACGGCUACACCUCCUUGAACAUCACCAAGUUGGACGUUCUCGACACCUUCAAGGAGAUCCAGGUCGGUGUGGCCUACAAGUACAAUGGCAAGGUCUUAGACUCGUUCCCGGAAGACCUCUACGCCUUGGGCAAGGUUGAGGUUGUCUACGAAACCUUACCAGGCUGGGAGGUCGACAUCACCCAGGUCAAGACCUACGCUGAGUUGCCAGAAAAUGCCAAGAAGUACUUGAAGUACAUCGAGGACUUUUUGGACGUUCCAGUCGAAUGGGUUGGUACCGGUCCAGCCAGAGAGUCGAUGUUGGUCAAGAACUAG